AGACUUGAGCGUUUCAUAUAUGAGAGUGAAUGUGUGUGAAUCUGUGAGAGCAUUUCACAUAUGUGGAUGUGAGUUGUCAGUAGUAUGGAUGUGUGUGAACGUUUCAUAUGUGAAUGGUUAUGUGUUUCAUAUGUGUUUGUGUAAGGAGUGGACAGUCUGAAUUAUUUCCUAAACGGCCCGUAAUAAGACGGCAUUGUUGCUCUGACAUCCAUUAAAUGCCUGUUUUGUUGUGAUUGGUUGAUUGGGUGAACAGACAAGUGUAAUAAAUCACUUUAGCUUGUAUACGUCCAUUCGUAGAAAAGCAUAACCGUCCAUGAGCGAUUUACAUUUUCAAUAGAAACCCGUAGGCUACUGGAAACGUGCCUUGCAAACAUUUUCACAAUUAAUUUGGCGUGUUUGAUUAUUUUCUAGGAUUGCAGUUACUCGAUGUCCUUCCCAAACUAAGGGAGCAGGAGGAUGAAGACUUGAUCAUUCAGUGCGAGUCGUUCGAGGAGGUCAUGGCCGAGGAUGAAGACGAGCUAAUGCGGCUGUAUGGAGGCAUAGACAUGAGCGAUCAUCAGGAGGUGUUCACCACGCUCUUUAACAAGGUCAGCAUCUCUCCAGCCUCCCUCCAGCUGCUGUCCAUCCUACAGGCUCUGCUGCUGCUGGGCCCAGACAGGUCCGACCUGUGGCAGGCCCUGGAGGUCCUGACGAACAGAGCCAUCCUGCUGGGCCAGGACGCUCAGGUGCAGUCCUGUGAGAAGGCCUUGCAGCGGCUGACGUCCUCUAAGAGCCGGGCUCCAGACUCCCACGCUGUGGACGGCCAGCCGUGCCGGAGGGUGGACAAGGCCGUCCAGACGGAGCUGGCAGGUGAUGACCUGGUCAGGUGUGCUGUGCCUGUGGCUGCCACCGCCCAGGCCACGCCCUGCCGAGAGAAGCCCCCACUUCCACCCCCUCUGCCAUCCUGUAUGAUGGUGCCUCCUCCCCCUCCUCCUCCCCCUCUUCCCCCUCACAUAGGGGGAGGACCCCCCCCACCCCCUCCUCCUCCCCCCCCUCACAUAGGGGGAGGACCCCCCCCACCCCCUCCUCCUCCCCCCCUACCAGGGAUGGCUCCUCCCCCUCCACCAGGACCUGGAGGAGGGGGACCCCCGCCCCCCCCUCCCCCGCCAGGCUCGUCUGGUGUGGUGGUGGCCCAGAACAGCCAGUCUCUGGGGGCCCCCCCUGCUUGCGCCCCCCAGACGGGCCCCUGCCCCACCCUGAGGAUGAAGAAGCUCAACUGGCAAAAGCUCCGAUCCGUCACCGAUGGUCACUCCAUGUGGGCCUCUGCUCAGACACACGCCCCGCGGGAGCCGGACUACAGCAGCAUCGAGCAGCUGUUCUGCCUCCCCGUGGCCGAGCACAAAGACAAGAGCACAGCUGCUCCUGCCAAGAAGGAGCCUAAGGAGAUCUCUUUUAUCGACGCCCAAAAAAACUUGAAUUUGAACAUAUUUCUGAAGCAGUUCAGGUGCUCUCACCAGGACUUCGUGGCUCUGGUUCAGAACGGGGACAGGACCAGAUUUGACGUUGAGGUGUUGAAGCAGCUUCUCAAGCUGCUGCCAGAGAAGCACGAGAUUGAGAACUUGAAGUCCUUCCAGGGAGAGAAAGACAAGCUGGCCAGCGUUGACUGUUUCUACCUCUCACUUCUGGCUGUGCCCUGUUACCAGUUGAGGAUUGAGUGCAUGUUGCUGUGUGAGGAGACGGUGUGUGUGCUGGACAUGCUCAAGCCCAAGGCAGAGCUGGUGGAGCAGGCCUGCCUGUGCCUCAGAGACAGCACUCUCCUGCCCAGUUUCUGCAGGCUCAUCCUCCACGUGGGAAACUUCCUCAACUAUGGGAGCCACACGGGGAACGCAGAGGGCUUCAAGAUCAGCUCCCUGCUCAAGCUGACGGAGACCAAGGCCAACAAGAGCCGCAUCACUCUGCUGCACCACAUCCUGGAGGAGGCAGAGCAGAACCACCCAGAGAUACUGCAGCUGCCGGAUGAUAUUGAAGUGUGUGAGAAUGCUGCUGGGGUCAACCUGGAGUCCAUCCAGGCUGAAGCCAGUGAUCUACUGAAACGUCUCCAAGCUGCAGUCACUAAAGUGUCCAACUCUCCGGAGGACGUCAAGGAGCAGUUUGCUAAAACCAUCGAGGAAAGCGUGAAGGCCUGCAUGGAUCUGGAGGAGCGGUUUUCAGAGAUCAACAAGAAGAAAGCUGCCCUGGCACUCUAUCUCUGUGAAGACGCCGAACAGCUUUCUCUGGAGGAGCUGUUCGGAACCAUCAAGACUUUCAGGGGGCUUUUCAUUAAAGCUCUCAAGGAGAACAAGAUGCGGAAGGAGCAGGCUGCCAGGGCAGAGAAGAGGAAGAGGCAGCUGGAGGAGGAGUCCAAGAGGCAGAAAGGGGAGAACGGGAAGAUCAUCAGGAAGGUUCCCCUGGUUCAGGACGAGGGCUGCAUCGUUGACCACCUCCUGGCUGACAUCAGGAAAGGCUUCUCCCUCAGGAAAACACGGCCCAGGUGCGAAAAGGAAAGCCCCUCCUGUAGUGACAGUCAUAGGGAUAACGGCCUACCUGGAUCUUGUGUCUCGCCUGUAGAAGGAGCUGGAUCCUCUCUCGUAGAAAGAUCCUCCAGCCCCCCACAGCCUCCACCCGAGGAGCGAGCCUCCUCCAGAGGAGCGGGCGGCUGUCCUCCCAGCAGACCCCCUGGAAGCCCGGCCUCGCCUCUGAACACGCCGCAAGAAGGACCUGCUGUGUACUCGGAGAGUCACCGAAAACAUUCUGCAUCCCUGAGCAGUCCCCGACAAGAGCCAUCGUCAGCUCCCAGCAGUCCUCCAGCUCCCCCGGACCUCCAGGCAACGGGGGUGUCUCAGCCAAGCCUCCCCGCCAGCACCACACCUGAGGUGGAUGCCAGGACGAGCAUACCAGCCCGAGGCCUCAUGGACCUGGCUGGAGCUGUCCUGGACGGGAACAGCGGUCUGGGUGGAAGGCCGCUGGAGAGCGCUGGAGAGAGCCAGGUCCAUGGAACAUGUAGACCUGCAGGUCUAGACACACUUAGGGAUGGUGAGGGAGAAGCCACGGGGGAAAUACUGGAGGCUGAGACUGGAGGUGAGCAUGGCAGGAGGGAAGAGAAAGCUGCAGGGAGAGAGGAGCAGGAUGAAGCGGUGGGCCAGGACAGAGGGAGCUGCAGACACGGGCACUAUGACAGGAAGGAUCCCUGCGACAGCGUUGAGGACGGCAUCCUGGGCUACGACCUUCCGGACGGGGUGGAGUCAGAAGAUUUGUUUUCGUCCGUUUCAGAGGCUGUGCCUGCUUCUGCGUCCUCCGGCACGCUCAACCCUCAACCCCGGCAGCAGCACAAACUUCUGCGGAGGAAUAAAAAGAAAAGUCACGAAGGUAACUCUGGGACAGAGAACCGUAAAAAGGGUUGUGUGUUGCAGUGAGGCGACUCCAGGAAGCGGAAGUCCAGAGGGAAACGGAAAAGCUGAAGCGAUAUUGCCAGUUUCUGUAUAAAUACGGACUAAAUUGCAACAAAACAGACUGCUGUGAAAAUAUCAAAUAUGCCUUCUUUUGAGUGUUUUUUCUUUUACAAUAAAAAAGCAAAAUAAAUGGA